UUUUCUUCCUCACCAUGAAAUUCGCGGAACAUCUAAGCGCUCACAUCACACCGGAAUGGAGAAAACAGUAUAUCAACUACGAGGAAAUGAAGGCUCUGCUGUAUGCUGCGGUAGAGCAGGCUCCAUCCGCAGAUGUAAGCGAACCAUACGUUUUAGAUAGUUUCUACAGCAAGUUUGAUGAGAAGUUUUUCCAUUAUUGUGAUAAGGAAUUGACAAAAAUAAAUACUUUCUAUUCUGAAAAGCUAGCAGAAGCUACACGUAGAUUUGCCACACUUAACAACGAACUAAGCGAGAUCUUAUCAGUUUCCGAGGAUGCCCAAAGUCGUAAGGCGCGCUAUCGUAGUCAUAUCCUUCACAAAAAGCCAGUAUCAGCACGCAAACUUCAAGAGUUAAAAUUAGCCUUCUCCGAAUUCUACCUUUUUCUUAUUCUACUUCAAAAUUAUCAAGACUUGAAUUUUACUGGAUUCCGAAAAAUUUUGAAGAAACAUGACAAACUUUUGAAUGUAGACUUUGGUGGCAAAUGGCGUGCAGAACAUAUUGAUACGGCGAUUUUCCAUACACGCAAGGAUAUAGAUAGAUUGAUUGCAGAGACCGAGGCUGUAGUUACUCGAGAUCUAGAGCAUGGCGAUCGUCAAAGAGCUAUGAAACGGCUCAGAGUACCUCCACUUGGAGAGCAACUCUCUCCUUGGAUUACAUUUAAAGUCGGUCUUUUUUCCGGUGCUUUUAUCAUACUUUUUGUGGCUGUGAUAUUAUCCGCUAUGCGAUAUAAAAAGAAGGAUAACUGGAAAGUGCUAUGUCGAAUUUAUCGUGGGCCACUUCUUAUGAUAGAAUUCCUCUUUUUGAUGGGAAUCAAUGUUUAUGGCUGGAGAUCUUCUGGCGUAAACCAUGUGCUGAUAUUCGAACUUGAUCCACGCAAUCAUUUGUCAGAACAGCAUAUCAUCGAAAUGGCAACCAUACUCGGUCUGGUUUGGUCCAUGUCUAUUUUGGGUUUUCUAUACAGCGAUACAUUGGGUAUACCACCGUUUGUUCAACCAAUGCUGUUUUAUGCGCUAUUAGCACUGUUCUUAUUCAAUCCCACCAAGACUCUACGACACGAGGCAAGAUUUUGGACGCUGCGCGUUCUGGGUCGCGUUUUUUGCGCACCGUUUUUUUAUGUGGGAUUCGCGGAUUUUUGGCUCGCUGAUCAGCUUAAUUCUCUUCACACGGUUUUUCUAGACUUUCAAUAUUUUGUUUGUUUCUAUAUCCAGAAUUCUUCUUGGACCGACGUUACAGAUACAGACACCUGCAUAAUGCGUGAACUAUCGAUGAGACCGUUUGUGGUGUGUUUACCGGCAUGGUUUCGAUUUGCACAAUGUCUCAGGCGUUAUCGGGAUACGAAAGAGACCUUUCCACAUCUAUUGAAUGCGGUCAAGUACGCAACAAGCUUUUUUGUGGUUAUUUUCGCUUAUUUGCACUUAACAAACAAGAAAUACUACGCACUGUCUACUGAAAAUCCCUAUUUUUAUUUAUGGCUGACGGUCAGUGUAGUGAGUUCUUGUUUUACAUAUACAUGGGAUGUAAAAUUGGAUUGGGGCCUCUUCGAUAGCAGUGCUGGAGAAAAUAAGUUUCUCAGAGAAGAGAUAGUUUAUUCCUCACCUUAUUAUUACUACUUUGCGAUGGUCGAAGAUUUUAUCUUGCGAUUUGGAUGGGCAUUUUCUUUGUCUCUAACAGAAAUGGGUUAUAUUCACGCGGACCUUAUGGUUUCUAUAGUUGCCCCGUUAGAAGUUUUCAGAAGGUUCGUGUGGAAUUACUUUCGACUGGAGAACGAGCAUCUAUACAACGUAGGCAAGUUCCGAGCGGUGCGAAAUAUCUCCAUAGGGCCCAUCAGACGCGUUGAAGAUAACGUAAUCCAUCUGGAUAGUGUAAACGAGAAUGACGAUAACAGAGACGACGAUAACAAUGAUGAUGGAUUAGUGGAGACCCAUGAUCACGAUGUCUGAUACGUUACGUUUCGUGUGGAACUUCUUCCGCUUAGAAAACGAGCAUUUGAACAAUUGUGGCAAGUUUAGAGCAGUACGGGAUAUCU